AUGGAAUUUAAUUCGGGUGUUAGUAUGUUUUUACCGGAUUCAAUCGGUCUGAAUGAAAAUGAUUUCGAUGAAGAAGACCAUGAAGAUAUUGUUCAUGAACAAACAAAUCAAAAUGAAAUCGUUGAAUUAAUUAUGGCUGCUUUUGAAGGACAUGAAGAGCCCUCGGAUGGUGAUGAAGAAGAAGAAGAAGAUGACGAUGACGACGACGAUGAUAAUGAAUCAUUAGAUACGUCUAAUUCGAGUCAUCAAGUUAAUAAUGAACACGAACUAUUAAAUACAAAUAAUAAUAACAAUAAUGCUAAUGAACAUUAUGUUCAACAACAACAACAACAGCAGCAGCAUGAAAUGCAUCGUCGGAAUCAUUUAUUUCAACAGCCAUUAUAUUCUACUCCAGCUGUCUCUACUCCUCCGCCAUUAGUUCCACCGUCAGCAUCAACAGAUGUUCGUCGAUUUGAUGAUCAUAAUCAAUAUACAUAUCCACGAUAUCAGCAAUUCGAUGAACAUAAUAAUACUGAACAAGAAAUUCAAUUUAGCUCAAAAAAUUCUGCUCUAGUUCAUUAUCAAAAUCCUAAUCGUCAAACGAAUAAUAAUAAUAAUAAUAAUAACUCAGUAUCGACAGGUAUUCAAUACUUUGAUUCUUUGCCAACAAUCGAUUUAAUCGAUCCUAUGCAAGCACAAUUUAUGUAUCAAACUUCGUCCAGCAACUCAUCUGAUCUGCAGAAUCAAUUGAAUAAAUUUCGUAUUUUAUGCAAUGUGAAAGAACGAAAAAUUACUGAACUGGAAAAUCGUUGUACCGAAUAUCAUGAAAAAUAUACUAGUGAUCUACGUGUUCUUAAACAUAAAAUUGAAUUAAGCGAAAGAGCUAAAUAUGAUUGUGAACAACGUUAUCAAUCAAUAACAAGACAAUGCGAAGAGUUAAUUGAAACUAACAAUCAAUUACAACGGACAACGAAAGAUGCAGAAUUAAGAAUUCAACAACUGGAAGGAAAUAAAACUCAACUCGAAAAGAAAUUAGAUGAUGCAGAAUCAUUAAUCGAUUCACUGCAUAGAAAAGUUAAUGAACUACAAAGAUUCGAAUCUAUUGCGCGUACUCAACAAGAUUGUGAAAUGAUUUUAGCAAGUACACGUGAAAAACACGAGCAAGAAAUGAUAAAUAUGAAUGAAAAAUUGCAAAUUACACAAAUGAAUUUACAAGAAAAGACGAUUGAAGUUGAUGAAUUUCGUAUUCAAUUAGAAACUGCUUGUAAAAAUAAUGAAAAAGCCAUCUUCGAAAGAAUGGAAACAAUCAGUCAUUUAAAUCAACAAUUGCAUGAUUGUCAACGACAAUAUACUGAUUUGUUAACUACGAAAUCAAUGGAUACAUUUAAUCAAACAGAAACAAAACGACAAUUAAAUCGUAUGACUGAAGAUAGAGAAAAAAUCGAAAAUACUUGCCAAGAAUUACAGGCUGAAAUUCGAACAUUACGCGAACGUCUUGGAGUAUCAGAACAUGAAGUUAAUAAGGAUUUGUUUGGUAUAUCAAGUAUUUCUGUUAAUGAAUUAUCAAGUAUGAACCGUCAAGUUGUGCCACACAAUUCAACGAGUCUCGAUGAUCCAAAUGAAUCUUUACUGAACGAAAAUCAUAAUUUAAAAGAACGUAUUGAUGAAUUUGCAUCGAACGAAAGAAAUCUUAUUCAAAUCAAUGAAGAAUUGCAACGUCAAAUUCAUGAACUGUCACACAAAGACACGAUUAGCUCCGAUGAGACAAUUAUUACGAACAGUAUUCAUAUGGAACAAAUACAUAGUCUAACAACUGAAAUUGAAAAACUCAAAAAAGAUUAUGCCAACCAACAAGAAAAAUCUGACUAUGACAAACAUGAACUGCAAACAAUUAUCGAACAAUUGCGUGAAGAUAUUGUUGAUUUAGAUAAAACAAAACAACUUUAUAUCGAUGUUUGCCACGAGAAAAAUCUCAUUGAAGAUAAUCUUCGAGCGAAAUUCGAACAUGAAAUAAAAGUCAAGUUAGAUGAUUUACGUCGAACACUUGAUAAAGAAUAUAACGAUAAAAAUUUAUCUUUUAAAAACAAUGUUGAACAAGACGCUGAAAUGCUCAAAGCAAAAUAUAAUGAAGAUUUAGAACAACAAGCAAAAGGAUUCCAUCAAGAUAUUGAACGAAUGAAAAUCAAUCACGAAAAACUGAUUAAUGAAUUAAAUAUUGAACUUGAUCGACUUAAAGCCAAUGAUGAUGCACACAGUCGUUUAGUUUACGUUGAAAAAGAAUUCGAACAACUGAAACAUGAUUAUUCGGAUUUGAAUUUAAAACAAAAAGAAUUGCUAGUUAAUUGUAAAACACUAGAAGAUGAAAAUCAAAAUUUUCUACAAACAAUAGAAAAACUGGAUCGGGAAAAAAAUCAAUUGCAAGAGACCUACGAAAAAACUGAAGAGCAAUUAUCGAAUGAAAUCGUCCUAUUGAAUGAACUAAUAGAAAAACAAAAAGAUGAAUUAAAUCAUUCCACCAGACAAACAGAUGACGUUCAAAUAGAUUUAAAACAAACUGUUGAAGCUUUACAAACUCGUAUAAACAAUUAUGAAAAUGCUGUUAGUCAAUAUGAAGAAUAUCGUUUGAAAUUAGAAAGUAAUUUACAAAAAAUAACUCAGCAACGUGAUACAAAUAAAAUGGAUUUGAGAUUAACGCGGGAAAUGUUAACAAACAAAGAAAAUGAAUUCAAUCAGUUGAAAAUACAAUUCGAUGCAUUAGAAAAAUCUUUUCAACUCUUCAAAGAACGUUCAUCACAAAAUGAGCCAACAAUAAAUAAUUUACAAAAACAAGUUCAACAGUAUGAACAACAAGUUUUAGAAUUAAAUCAAACAAGAUCAAAAGAUAUACAGGAAAAAGAAAUCACAUGUGAAAAAUUAGCGGCACUCGAAACAGAAAAAACUCAAUAUGAACAACGUUUACAAGAAGCCAAUCGGGCACUUAAUUUAGCUGAUUCUCAUUUAGAACAAGAAAUCGAAAAAAUAAAAAUCAGUCUUGAACAGGAAUAUAAUCGUCGUUAUGAACGCGAUCAUAAACAAUAUCAACACGACAUGAAUCAACUACGGCAACAAUUAACAAAUGAUUUCGAAAAACAAAAAACUCUCAUGCCUAAUAAUCAAUCGAAUACUUUAGUGCAAGAUAUUGAAGAAGUGAAAAAAAUGUAUAGAGCAGAAAUCGAUCGACUAUAUCGUGAAAAUAUUGAAUUAAGUCAAAGUCAAGCUAAACUUAUUGACUCACAUCAGAAACAAAUGCAAAUUAUGAAAAAAGAUUUAGACGAUGGAUAUAAUAAUGUUAUCAAUGAAUUUCAACAUGAACAAACUCGUUUACAAACACGUGGUGAACAAUUAAAACAACAACUGAGCGAGUCACAACAAACUAUGGAGCAACUAAAAAUAAGUCAUUUUGAUGAAAUCAACAAAAUCAAAGAAAAAUAUACUCUCGAACAAGAUAAUAGAAAUAGACAAGAAAAUUUACAAAAUCGUGUUGAUCAUCUUGUUAAAUUGCUUGAGCAAACGAAUGACACACUGAAUCAGGAACGAGCAGUGCACGCUAAACAAGAAAGUGAAUAUCAACAAACGAUUUCUUCAUUACAAAAGAAAAUAGCCGAGAUGAUUAAACAACAUACAAUAGUUAUGGAUGAAAUAAAACGUGAACUUCAUCAAGAACGUUUGUCUGCUCAAAAACGUGCUUCAGCACGUUCAAUUUGUGUCCCCGAAUAUGUUCAAACAGAUAUAUCAAUAAAUGAAAUUAAAUCCGAUUAUAUGGCAACAGUUGAAAAAUUGCGAGUGGGAAUAGCUCAUUAUAUGGACAAUCUCGAAAUCUCAAUAAAAAAACAAAUCCAAACUGAACUAGCUCGAAGUCGUAAUUCAAUGAUUAAAGAAAUUCGUCGUGAACUUUUUGAGAAAAUGACACAAGCGAUGAAAAGUCAAGGAGUGCCAGAUACAACUAUCGAUAUGCAUGUAUUCGAAUUAGAUCGUCUUCUAUCUCAAAUGGCUCAAGAUUGCUUAGAUUCAUUAAGUUCAUCAUCAUCGACAACAUCGUCCAUCUAUUCAACAAUGUCAUCAAAUUCGUCAUUAGUAACUCCACAGCGUCGUACAAUGGUCUAUGAUUCUUCUACAUCAACAACUCUAACAAAAUCUAAAACUACAGAAAAUAAUUUUACGCCAUUAAGAAAAUCAACUGAAUGUCUUCAUAUGACACCAGCAAUGCACAAACAAGCUGCGCCAUUAGCUCCACAUUGUCAUAUCACACUUGAUAGUGAUCGCCGACCAAAAUCAGCAUCAACCAUAUUAUUAGCUAGUCAAAAUUCGGCAACACCCACUGUUCUAUCGCCACGCACACAUAAAUUUCAACGUCCAACGCAUAGAAAUUUUAAAAUGAAAAUGUAUCGAAGUGAAGACGAUAUUAUGUCAGCUGUACAUCGUCACGAUGAUCGACAAGAUCAAAAAUCUGAGUUGAAUAGCGGCGUUGGCGAAGACGAUGAUGAUGCUACAAUAACAUUAUGCGAAAAUGAAACUGACGAUAGGCAACAUCAGCAGCCGAAUGUUCGUGCGCUAGCAAAACAAUUUGAACAGAAAACAAAUUCAUUGCCCGAUCAUAAUCGUUCGAAAUUAAAAACGCCUGACAAUCAGCAAGCAAUACAUUAUGCUACUGCACGAACGAUUAUUAAUGAACAGCAAGAAGAUGGCGAAGAUGACGAUGAAUUAACAUGGCCACAACAGCAACAGCAACAGCAACAACAACAGCAGCACCAGCAACAGUAUCAACAUCAGCAACAGCAAACACAGACACCAUCACAUAGUGGCAUUAAAAAAUUUGUACGUCAUAGUUUAAAACUAUUCACUACACAAUCACAACAACAGCAAAAUAAGAAAACAGGAAAAUAA